ACCGGAAGUGUUCUCUGUACGCCACACGCGCUCGACACGCACACGUACGGCCGCGGCGCGUGAACGCGACACACGUACGUUACGUAUGUAUAAAUUAUAAUAAUACGAUGAUGCACGUCCGCAAGUGGUGGGCUGAUCGCGCAUACACCGCGGAAAUCGGGAAAUCUCGCUAGUCGUCGCGUACGGGGAAAAAAAAAAAAUAAUAAAAAAAUAAUCGAAUUUAAUAUAUUAUAUUAAUUUUGACGACCGGUACGGCGAAAGUGCGGGAACACUGACAUUACCGUUUGUAAAAUAUUAUUAUCUAUUGCCAAUCAUAUCAUAAUAUAUUGUAGGUACACGUCAUAUCGAUACCGUGUACGACCUAAUAAUAUUGUUCGCCCAGUGCGUAAGUGUCUUACGAGAUUUUAUAUAUACACGUGUCGUGUUUUUUUUUUUUUUUUUUUUUUCACCAAGCGUGAGCGGUGCGAUCGUUUCCGGACGGACGUUGUAAACGCGCGCGUGCGGAGGCGAAGGCGCGGAAACGUCCGGCACUGCACCUCCCCCGAUCGCCAUCCGAUUCGCACUCGUACAUUAGCCCGCUCGUAUAGUGGUCUCGCCGCCACCGUUGAUCGGUCGGGAGGAUCGCGUGAUCGCGCGCUUACGCCGGCGGACGCGGCGAGGGACUUGUGCGAAAACGGAAAACAAGUAACGACAGAGGAACGGAAAGACCAGCGAGAGAAGGAGAGAGAGAGAGAGACACGCACACAGUGUGUGUGUGUGUGUGUGUGUGAGAGAGAGAGAGAGAUAAAAAGGCGCGAACUUUACGCGGUCGAACGCGAAUCGUGCGGUAUCGCACGCAUCAUGUCCAGGAGGAAACAGGCUACACCUCGUUCGCUCAGACAUGGAAAUCUUGACGCGGAAGAUGUUCUCGACGACGAAGACCUCAUGCCACCGUUAUCUCCUACAGGAUCUGGAAGUACGAAAAGCGACGAAGACGAAGGAGAUGAGGACGAAGAGGAAGAGUGCACCGUCGAUGAUGAAGAUGAUGACGAAGACGACGACGACGACAUGCAGUCGGUCAGUUCUACCGAGGGAUCAAAUCACAGUCUGCUUUCCGAAGCACUGAGUGGUGCGGGCGAGGCGAGCACCGAAGAGGCAGCUUCGUCGUGGAGUUCGGCCGUAUCGGAGGACCACACGUCGCCGGACAGCUGCGCCACGAGCAACAGCCGGCCCGGUUCCACGGUCGACCACCGACGCGAUCGCCACAGCCGUCCGCCGUCGUACGCAACGGCCGGUGCCGCAGCCGCAGCCGCCGUCGCCGCUGUCACAGCCGCAGCGAACUCCACCGACGCCAACCCAUACGCAUGCCAAUACUGCGACAAGACGUUUCCCCGAGGCAGCUACCUGAAAAAACACGAACAGACUCAUGGAGAAUCAAUGCCGUUCAAGUGUCAAUUCUGCCGGAGGCUGUUCAAACACAAGCGCAGCCGAGACCGGCACGUGAAAUUACACACGGGCGACAAGAAGUACAAGUGUACUCAAUGCGACCAUGCUUUUUCAAGGAGCGAUCACCUGAAGAUCCACAUGAAAACGCACGACAAUCAAAAACCGUUCCAGUGUACGGUUUGCAACAGAGGUUACAGCACGGCGGCCGCGCUCACGUCACACAUGCAGAACCAUCACAAACGGGCUGCGGAACGGGCGAACUCGCCACAGAUAUCCGGCCCAUCGUACAAGUGUCUGCAAUGCACGCAGAUAUUCCGUAAGCCCGACGAGCUUCAGAAUCACACUGCGACGCAUCAUCUCGGCGAGCAACUGUCGUCCAACUCCCGGAGCUCGAAACGUUCGACACCGCCGAAAACUCCCAACCAGUACAUUUGCAUGUACUGCACCAAAGAAGUGUCCAGCAUGGACGCCCUGCAACAACACUUCCAGACCAAACAUUCUGCGAUCGUCAACGGCAAGCCACCAGAGGACAUCUUCUCGGCCGUACCGCCGGCGGCCGCGUUCCCGUGGCUCAAUUUUGCCGACUCGCCGGCCCUGUCUCUGCCUCCGUACUCGUGCCGGUUGUGCAUGAGCCAAUUCCCGUCCGUCACUUCGUUACAGAAACACUUCACGACCGCCCACUAUCUGAGUUCCGUCCUCAACAACAACAUACAGAACACCAACAACAACGACAAUGACAACAACGGUAACAACACCAACGGCUACAAAGGCGGAAGUGGCGCGAUGCCUUUGUACAAUUGGCCGGUAAUAUCCGGAAUGAACGGAUACCAUCACCAAAACAAUCACCACCAUAACCGGCACUUGACGUCGGGUGGCGGCGGUCUGUUGCCCGAAGAAACCGUUCAGACGGGUCCCACAGACUUGUCGCUGUCGUCGUCCAAGCACGGAAGCAGCAAGCAUCAUCACUCCUCGUCGGGUAAGCACAAGUCAACUGACGACCAGCGAAACCACGCGACCAGCAAAAAGUCUCGUUCGUCGCCCGGCCGCGAUCCGUCGGCGGCCGACCAACGUCACAUUAAACAAGAACGUCAAAACGUUUACGAUGGCAAACAUCAGCAUCCGCAGCCGAUCGCGGCUCGACCGUCAUCGCAGAUCGGCGUGCCCAGCAUCAACGACAACAACACCAAAAACAACAAUAAUAACAAUAACAAUAACAACAACAAUAACAACAGCAUUCACGCCAACAACAACAAGAUGCAAUUGCCAUGUCCGCACUGCCAUCUGACGUUCGCGCACUUCGAAGACUAUCAGCAGCACGUCAUCGGUCACUUCCUCACGGCCGCCGCCGAAUACUCGUGCCAGGAGUGCUCCACUUCGUUCGCCACAUCCGAACACGUACAGAAACAUCUCAUGGAAACGCACGCGCAGAACUUUUACCGGUGCAUGCUGUGCAAAGAAGUGUUCCCCACCAAGUCGGCCCUGAAGGUGCACUUCAGCAUGAACCACGGCAGCGAACACCGCAUGUUUCGCUGCAACAACUGCACGGGACUGUCCCGGCCGCUGUUCCAAACGGAAAUCGAGUUCAUCGAUCAUCUGCGUAACGCCCAUUACUCAGCGAGGUCGCCACCGCCGGUCCAAGCGAACUUGAUGCUUAGGUGUUUGGUAUGCCACGCUACGUUCAACACGCAAUCCGAUAUGGAACAACAUUUAGCUAGUCACUCCAAACAAUUCCAAUGUCAAUUUUGUUCGGAAGCGUUCCACAUCGAGUUCUUGUUGGACAGACACAUACAAACGCAUCACAGUUCGAGCAUUUUAAGUCACCUCAACCGGAAUCACAGGGAAUCGCCAAAUUCCAUGUGUACGUCGCCUACGUACAUUUCCAGGACGACGGAAGGCGGUAAGCAUCCGACGGAAAACGGCACAAACGGUUGUGAUAUAUGUGAGAAAAAUGAUUUUCGAAACGAAUUGGACUUGAUUGCACACAAAAGAACGAUGCACCAGGUGAAGCCUACAAAUCUUUCAACAAAAGUAAGCUUACAUUGCGCGUAUUGUAACGAAAACUGCAAAUCGAGAACAGAGUUAGAGAACCACAUGAAGACGCAUUCACAACAAGGUUCGAAUGUUGGAAAACACAAGUGCAACAUUUGCGACGAAAUUUAUCAGUCCGCGAUCAGCUUGGCCGAACAUAAACUCACUCAUUGCAAGGUAGCCACGAGUACCGUGUGCAGUCACUGCAAAAUGAUUAUCGACAAUGAGGAUCAGUUCCAUCAACACCUCCAGAAGCACUGCAAUCCGGUGAACGCGAACGGCGGCCAAGUGGCGUUCCCCACGUCGUGCAUCAUAUGCAGGCAAACGCUCGUUUCAGACAUCGAAGUGAAGGUGCACGUGCACUAUCACCUGUCCCGGCUCAAAGAAUCUCCGGCCGUGUGCGGCAACUGCAACCGGUACAAGCGGUCAGCGUCUUCUCCGUGCGCCGGCUGCAACCCGGCCAGAAACAGUGCGGCGGAACGAUGUCCUGACUGCGGUGCGGCGUUCGACGCUUUCGGCGCGCUGCAACACCACCUGACCGCAGUCCACAGAAAACCGUUUCACUGUUUCAAGUGCAAGAUCGGAUUCGAGUCGCAACAGGAAGCCACGAUCCACUUGGGCACGCACCUGGCUACGCUCAACGGUUCCGUGGAUGGUAUCGAGUGCGGCCUUUGCCCGUGCGUGCUGCCCACAGCCAACAGUCUCCAGUCGCACCUGAUCGAGCACACGUUCGCCGGCUGCAAAGCGUUCACGUGCUACCUGUGCUCGGCCAUAUUCACCGCGCCCACAGGACUCCAGGCGCACAUGACCGUCGACCACUCGACCGAAACGCCGCCGUACGACUGCCCCAGACCCGGAUGUCAGGCCAAGUUCUUCUUCACCGCCGAGCUGGACCGGCACACGCUCGAGCACCAGGGACAGGACGUCCUGGCCAACAUGAAUUUCUACAAGUACCAAAACAAGCUUAUGUCCAUCUGCGAAAAACUAUCGUUCAAGUGUGCCGAGUGCUAUCAGAGUUUCUUGACACAGGCCGACUUGCAGUGUCACGUGUACGACCACCAUCGGCAGCAGAAGGACGCGCCGCCGCCGGGAUCGGAAACGAUAGACCUCAAACAGGAAAUGAGCGGAUGCGCGGUUAACGGUAACGCGGAAACGCGGCCUUUGGACGAAUGCGAACGGGACGCGAAUCCGAUCAAAGAGGAGGAAGACGGGGACGAGGUGAGCGUGAAAACGGAACACCGCGAAAGAGAUGACGAGGACGAAGAGAUGAUUGACGUGGUAGAGAACAACCGCGAUGAGCUGAAGUCGGGUGAAGACGAAGACGACGUGGAUAUGCAUUGACGGGGGUGUAUAAUGCCUCGAGGCCAUUGGUCGGGGCUCAAGGCGAGUUUGUAAAACAAACUCAAAUCUUUUUGUCGUUAUUUUUUAGGCAUAUUUCCAAAAAAAAAAAAAAAAAAGCUGCCGCAGAACGUAUUUUGACGAUAAUCGAUAGACGUGACGAUUGUCCCGAACCUGUUUCUUAUUAUUAUUAUGAUUAUUGUUUAUUAUUAUUGUUAUAAAAACAUGCGAAUAAUACGCGCAUGAUAUUAGAGUAUAUUGUUUUAAUAAGUAAAUUUGUAUUAUUGUUAUAAUCAUUAUUAGUAGUAGUAUAGUGUUAUAAUACACGUAAUACGCGGCAUGUUCUGUUUAUAUUAUUAUAGUUAUUAUUAUUAUUAUUAUUAUUAUUGUAUACGUUGU